CUUCUUUCGAUGGAUGCCAGUGCUAGAUGGGGUUUUAUACUGCUCGAAGUGAUCAUUGCUGUGGCGUGUUGCCUGGGCAAUGCGGUGGUGAUCUGGGCAGUGUGGACAUGUGAAGUCUUCAGGAAGCCCACCUUCUACUUCAUUGCAUCCCUCGCAGUGGCUGAUUUCCUGGUGGGGUUUGUGGCCAUUCCAUUGGCCAUGCUGUUGGAUAUUGAAGUAAAGGCCUCUUUUCAUGGAUGCCUUUUCAUGUGCUGUGUUCUGCUAAUGCUGCCGAUAACUUCUAUUGUUUUACUCCUGGCCAUCGCAGUGGACCGGUUUCUCCUGGUGCGCAUCCCUCUCAGGUACAGUUCUACAGUCACUGCGAAACGCGCUUGGAUUGUGAUCGCUCUUUGCUGGAUUAUUUCUGCAGUUUGGGGUUUUAUGCCGAUGUUUGGCUUGAACAACCAGAACAGUUUGGACAGCACAGCACAAAACAACACAAACUCCGCCAACUUUCAAUGCGGCUUUUUAAUUGUUAUACCCAUUACUUUUCUGGUAAACAUCAUAUUCUUCACUUGUCUACUUCCUCCUUUGGUUAUUAUGACAGGGCUGUAUUUGUACAUCUUUCUGACCACUAGAAAGCGGUUAAGAGCACAUAUAGGUGAAACUACCACAACUGGCACAGAUUAUCAGAAAGAACAUAAGCUGGUCACUUCACUGGCUCUGGUCUUGGUUCUCUUUGCCGUCUGCUGGCUCCCUCUGUUCCUUAUGAACACUGCACAACUUUACGGUAACAAUAUCACUGUACCUCCAACCUUGAUUGAUAUAGGUGUCCUUCUGUCUCAUUUUAAUUCAGCUGUAAAUCCCAUAGUAUAUGCAUUCAGGAUCCCCAAGAUAAAGGAGACGUGCAUUAAGAUGUGGCGCAGACAUUACCACGGCAGAGAAGAGCAGUUUUAGAGCGAUGAACAGAAUGAUGAUGAAAACAGCAGAAACAGCAAUACCAAAAAAAAGGUAGAAAAUCCACAGUAUUACACAACAGACAUUACGAGAAUAGGGAACUGUAGCGUUGCAGUAACGUUGGGUAACAGAUCAGUAGUUAAGUAGUUACACAACUGUUAGUGUCUAUUGGUUGUACGCUAUCUUUUAAAAAUGCCAUUGGCACCAGAAUAAUUCUCUAUUCAUCAAACAGUUAACAAUGAUAAAUGUAUUAUAAAUACAAUUUAAGAAAUACCAGUUAACUUUUUUUGUCAGUAAAAUACAGUGGGUACACUGUAAAACCUAACUGCAUUUCUUACUGAACUAAUUUAAGUUAGCAUAACUUAAAUAUUAUCACAGAAACUUGGCAUCACUUAUGCUGAUAAAGUCAAACUAACUCAAAAAUUAUGUGAAAAUUAUGUGACUUUAAAAAAAUGUUUGUUUUAAAUGUUUGAUUCGAGUUAAUGUAACUUAAGGGAAAAAAAAAUCUAGGCAAUCGGAUUCCUCAAAUAAAAUAAGUUGGUGCCGUUUGAUAGGACGUUUUUAUAACUACAUUUUAUAAUCUAUAUUUUACUUUAUUAGUUGUAAAUAAGUUAGCUCAACUUGAUUUGCUGGAGUUGUGUAAAAACAGUACAUUUAAGUUAAAUUGAAUUUAAGUAAUGCAUGCCUGUUAAGGCAGGCAUACUUAAUUUUAACACGUUGGCACAACUAUUAUAUACAUCCAAAUGGUGAUCUUUGAGUUGAACCAUUGGUUUCCAUUGGUUUCUGGUAAAAUCUAUUUGCAUACUGGGUGUGUCCCCCAUUUUCUGAAACUCACCAUCAGUGUGUAGUCAUUCCCCCCAGCCUACCUUAGAUAAACUUGUAGCUCAAAUAUCAUGAUUAACUGCUUGGUCUCUGUUUUGUUGUAGGCUGUAAGAACAAGCAGCAUUUUUCUGAGCUGCUACAGUAACUCUCUAUUGGCUGUGCUCUCAAUACUGUUCACUCUGUAGGUAAUUUAUGUGAAUUCAUAAUUUUGAGGAUAACUUUGUUGAACUCUACACAGUAUUCAAAAUAACUAUUUUUUUUUUACUUAAUUCAUUGAGACAACGAAUUUCCUCAAAAAACGAUUUGAGUAGACUUAACUUAUUAGGGUUUAUAAAGAGCACAUGAGUCCAAAAUAGUUAAAUAAACUAACAAUUACACUGUGAACAUGGUUAGCACAAGUCACUUGAUUUAUUCAAUUCUAUAUAAUAAUGAUUAUGUGCAUUAUUCACACUCUUUUAAAAAAUAAUUUAUGCUCAAAUUGUUUGAGUUUUUAAACUUAAAUGGUUUAAGGCAAUCGCUUUCCUCAAAUCGUUUGAAUUUACUUAACUUGUCAAGUUUUACAGUGUAUGAAAAAGUUCGGGCAUCCCUGGUAAUUGUAAUAGUCAUGAUUUUCCUUUUCCUUUAUAAAUCAUUGGUUGUUCCGAUCAGCAAUUUGAGGUAAAUAUAAAAAUCAACAGAUGAACACUGCGAUAUUUGAGAAGUGAAUUGAAGUUUAUAGGAAAAAAGUUUU